AUGGCCGCUGCCCGCCUCGCACGGGGGCCGGAGCUCCUGCUCUUGGGGCUGCUGCUGGUGGUAGGGGGCCCGAGCCGGGGGGCGGCCUUGAGCGGGAACGCGACCCGGCCGGGGCCCUGGAGCGCGGGCGGGAGCGCGAGGAGGAGCGCGGCCGUGACCGGCCCUCCGCCGCUGCUGAGCCACUGCGGCCGGGCCGCCCCCUGCGAGCCGCUGCGCUACAACGUGUGCCUGGGCUCGGCGCUGCCCUACGGGGCCACCUCCACGCUGCUGGCCGGGGACUCCGACUCCCAGGAGGAGGCGCACGGCAAGCUCGUGCUCUGGUCGGGCCUCCGGAACGCCCCCCGCUGCUGGGCAGUGAUCCAGCCCCUACUGUGUGCUGUGUACAUGCCUAAGUGUGAGAACGACCGGGUGGAGCUGCCCAGCCGUACCCUCUGCCAGGCCACCCGCGGCCCCUGUGCCAUCGUGGAGAGGGAGCGGGGCUGGCCCGACUUCCUGCGCUGCACCCCCGACCACUUCCCCGAGGGCUGCCCGAAUGAGGUGCAGAACAUCAAGUUCAACAGUUCCGGCCAAUGCGAGGCUCCCUUGGUUCGGACCGACAACCCCAAGAGCUGGUAUGAGGACGUGGAGGGCUGUGGGAUCCAGUGUCAGAACCCGCUCUUCACCGAGGCCGAGCACCAGGACAUGCACAGCUACAUCGCGGCCUUCGGGGCUGUCACGGGCCUCUGCACACUCUUCACCCUGGCCACAUUUGUGGCUGACUGGCGGAACUCCAAUCGCUACCCCGCCGUCAUCCUCUUCUACGUCAAUGCGUGUUUCUUCGUGGGCAGCAUUGGCUGGCUGGCCCAGUUCAUGGACGGGGCCCGCCGGGAGAUUGUCUGCCGUGCUGAUGGCACCAUGAGGCUUGGGGAGCCCACCUCCAAUGAGACCCUGUCCUGCGUCAUCAUCUUUGUCAUCGUGUACUACGCCCUGAUGGCUGGCGUCGUCUGGUUUGUGGUCCUCACCUACGCCUGGCACACCUCCUUCAAAGCCCUGGGGACCACCUACCAGCCUCUCUCGGGCAAGACCUCCUACUUCCACCUGCUCACGUGGUCACUCCCCUUUGUCCUCACUGUGGCAAUCCUCGCCGUGGCCCAGGUGGAUGGGGACUCUGUAAGCGGCAUCUGUUUUGUGGGCUAUAAGAACUACCGAUACCGCGCUGGCUUCGUGCUGGCCCCCAUCGGCCUGGUGCUCAUUGUGGGAGGUUACUUCCUUAUCCGAGGAGUCAUGACCCUGUUCUCCAUCAAGAGCAACCACCCUGGGCUGCUGAGCGAGAAGGCAGCCAGCAAGAUCAAUGAGACCAUGCUGCGUCUGGGCAUUUUUGGCUUCCUGGCCUUUGGCUUUGUGCUCAUCACCUUCAGCUGCCACUUCUACGACUUCUUCAACCAGGCUGAGUGGGAGCGCAGCUUCCGGGACUACGUGCUGUGCCAGGCCAAUGUGACCAUCGGGCUGCCCACCAAGAAGCCCAUCCCCGACUGUGAGAUCAAGAACCGCCCCAGUCUCCUGGUGGAGAAGAUCAACCUAUUUGCCAUGUUUGGAACUGGCAUUUCCAUGAGCACCUGGGUCUGGACCAAGGCCACGCUGCUCAUCUGGAGGCGCACCUGGUGCAGGUUGACAGGGCAGAGUGAUGAUGAACCCAAACGGAUCAAGAAGAGCAAGAUGAUCGCCAAGGCCUUCUCCAAGCGGCGGGAGCUGCUGCAGAACCCAGGCCAGGAGCUCUCCUUCAGCAUGCACACCGUCUCCCACGACGGGCCUGUGGCGGGCUUGGCCUUUGACCUCAAUGAGCCCUCAGCCGACGUGUCCUCUGCCUGGGCCCAGCACGUCACCAAGAUGGUGGCCCGGAGAGGCGCCAUACUGCCCCAGGAUGUCUCUGUCACCCCGGUGGCAACGCCAGUGCCCCCGGAGGAAAAAGCCAACCUGUGGCUGGUUGAAGCAGAGAUCUCCCCGGAGCUGGAGAAGCGCCUGGGCCGGAAGAAGAAGCGGAGGAAGAGGAAGAAAGAGGUGUGCCCGCUGGUGCCACCCCCGGAGCUUCACCUCCCAGCCCUGUGCCCUGCCCCCGCCUCCAGCGCGGUCCCUCGACUGCCACAGCUGCCCCGACAGAAGUGCCUGGUGGCUGCGGGUGCCUGGGGCCCUGGGGAGUCCUGCCGACCUGGAACCUGGACCCUGGUCUCCAAUCCCUUCUGCCCAGAGCCCAGCGCCCCAGCCCCUACGGCCUGGGCGCAGGGCCGCCGGCAGGGUCUGGGGCCCAUUCACUCCCGCACCAACCUGAUGGAGGCAGAACUCAUGGAUGCAGACUCCGACUUCUGAGCCUGGAAAGUAGGACCUGCGACAAGAAGGAGGAACAAAUACCAUUCCAAGGCUCUUCUUCCUCCCUGAGAGUGCUUCUCUCCAAGUUCUCGUCUUCCUGAGCACCUGAAGGCCCAGUGCCUUCCUGGGAGAGCUCAGUGUGGAUGACUCACGGCACCAGGACUGCGGGAAGGAGCCCUGACAUCUCCACGGAUAGGCCUCACCGGGGCAGGGCCCUGGAGCUUAGGGUCCUUGAUUCUGCCCCAUCUGGCUGGCAGCAUUAGUCUCCAGUGGGGUCAUGUGUAUGCAGAGCCCCUAGUGUGGCGGUAAAGGUGCAGGCAGGGCUGCAUGGGCUUGCAUGCAUACUUGCAUGGGCUGUGGUGGCCAGCCCCUGUCUGGCAGAUGAGGGCUGGCUGCCCUUGUGUGUGCCAAUGGGUGCCCUUCCCUGGCACUCUCAGGCCAAAAGUGUUCAUUGGGUCAUUAUCCCUUUGUCCACCUUAGGACAGAGCUCCUUUCUCCCCUUUCCAGUUGGUUGUGGGGCUGGGAGUUCUUACUCCCAUAGGGGCUAUAACCUCUCUUAAAAGUGUCCAGCUGGCUCCACCAUAGGCCAGUAACCCACCCUGGGUGUUGUGGUACCAUCCUUUCCCCUUUCCCAUUUCAAUUCAACCAGGCCAGCCUCUUCCUGUUUCCUGUUUGUUAGUUAGGACCCAGAGUUGCAGCAUUUUCCACCCUGCCCCCAUGCCCUACCCCUUUGCCGCUGGGCUCCAUCUCCAGGUGAGAGGUUGGUUCAGCCAUAGAGCCUGGCAUGGUGGAGAAGCUGCGAGUGAUGGGAAGCCUCUGGGCCUCAGAGAGAUGCAUGCUAUCUCUCGGGGGAUGGAUCCUCUGACUGAGGAGCUACCCUUGGGAAGCUGCUGACACUUCAGCCAGGCAGGAACACUUCCUUCAACUUCCACAGUCAGUGGGUGAAGAGGUUCCCACCUCUCAUAACCCCUAUCCAAGGCCCCAGUGUCAAGAACCAGAUGGCAGGGAGCUUCAGCAGUUGUCUGGGUUCCAGAUCAGGGGGUAGGGAUAAGGAGACAAAAUAUAAACAGUAAAUAAAAAGUUUUUGUAUAAUCUAUUGAUGUGCUUCUUUCCAUAGGCCCCGUCUUGACCCACUUACCUGGUCAUGAUCUCAUUUGUCCUUCACUUCCUCUGCAAGCUAUUCUGCAAGGCCAAGAGCUCGGUUCUAAUGAGGUCACCACUGACAGAUGUCAGGCCGAUGUCAGCUUAAUGUGCUGGCUGUCCUUCCUGGCCAGUUGGUUCUAUAUAUGGACAAAGGCUCUGGCCACAGCUGCCUCACUGCACAUUGAUCAUGAGAUGAAUGAGCAAGGACAUGUAGCUUGUCCCUGCAGUGAUGACACUUGCAGGAAGCAAGUGUCCCCUGCUGGGGAGUGUAGGUGGGCAUGGAUGCUCAUGGCAAUCCCAGGCCCCCUCUGAGAACCUCUUGCCUCUACAAAGGAUGUCUGUGGGACCAGAUGCAUUCGCAUCCACAGCUUCCUCCCCUUGGGCUGUCAGAGAAAUUCAGGCUUUUCUGAGGGGAGCCUGCUAGUCCCACUUCCUCCAGAAAGAUGUCAGUAGAAAGCUGGGAACUGGACUCAGGGUCCUGUGGAAAGAAGAGGGGGUAGAGGAAAGGGGGUGGUACCCACGGACGACUCAGAGGGUAUUGUGCAGUAUUAAGUGUGCCUGUUUAUGGGUGUCACUCAGGUGAUGGGGACACAAGCAAUUUGCCUAGAGCCAAAUUCCAAAGGAAGAGGAAAGGGAACUAACACUGAUUAUCUACUAUGUACUUUACAUGUGUAUAAGGAUAAUGAUGAUGAUGAUGAUGAUAACAAUAAGGGCUAAUUCUUAUUAAAUGCUUGCUAGCUCUAAGCACUUCAUAUCUAUUAACCUGUGGAAUCUCACAACAGACCUCAGAGGCACUGUUAACACCCCCAAGACGCCUGAGAGAAAGUGAUCAUUCUGGGAUUCCAUCAGAGCUGCCUGGCUCGAGUCACCUGCCUCUUGGCCUCUGCACUCCGUGUGUCGUGCUUGUGCUUAGUCAUGCAGUCGCGUCUGACUCUGUGCAACCCCAUGGACUGUACCAAGCCAGACUCCUCUGUCCAUGGGAUUCUCCAGGCAAGAAGACUGGAGUGGGUUGCCAUGCCUUCCUCCAGGGGAUCUUCCCAACCCAGGGAUCGAACCCAGAUCUCUCACAUUGCAAGCGGAUUCUUUACCGUCUGAGCCACCAGGGAAGCCCCUGUUCUCUGCUGCCUCUCCUCUAAUUCAGAAGGGGCAGAGGAACUAGUUUUCUGUAGCAACAAACUUCAGAGAAGCAAAAUGACUUGCCCGCAACCUCAUAGCUAGUAAGUAACAGACAGUGGGCCCAGGGCCUUCCUGACUCUGCAGUCCAGACUCUUUCUGCUCUUAGGUCUGACUUUUGGUUUUUCCUCCUAUCCAGGUUGCCCAUGCUGUGUUCCCUCUGACCUCCCCACAUCCCCUUGUGCUUGCCCACCUUGCUUAUUCUUGCCAUCACUGUUCUUCUCAACAGUAGUAGAGCUAAUUUCUUUCUUUUUUUUUAAAUUGAAGUAUAGUUGAUUUACAAUGUUGUGUUAGUUUCAGAUGUACAGCAAAAUGAUUCAAUUACAUUUAUAUGUAUGUUUUUCAGAUUCCUUUUCAUUAUAGAUUAUUAUAAGAUAUUGAAUAUAGUUCCCUGUGCUACACAGUAGGACCUUGUUGUUUAUAAUUAAUAGUGGAUGUUUUUUUAAAUAGUGGAUUUUAUAUAUAAUCCCAAACUACUAAUUUAUCCUUCCCUGCCUUUCCCCUUUGGUAAUCAUAAACUUGCUUGUCUGUGAGUCUAUUUCUGUUUUGUAAGUAAGUUCAUUUGUAUCUUUUUUUUUUUUUUUGGAUUCCAUGAAUGAUAUCAUAUGAUAUUUGUCUUUCUCUGACUUACUUAGUAUGAGAAUCUCUAAGUCUAUCCAGUAGCUUCAAAUGGCAUUGUUUCAUUCUUUUUUAUGGCUGAGUUUUAUAUAUAUAUAUAUAUACACACACACACACCCCAUCCUUUUUAUCCAUUCAUCUGUUGAUGGACAUUUAGGUUGCUUCCAUGUCUGUCUACUGUAAAUAGAACUGCUAUGAACAGUGGGGUGCACGUAUCUUUUCAAAUUAGUUUUCAUCGUUUACAGAUAUAUGCCCAGGAAUGGGAUUGCUGGAUCAUAUGUUAUUUUUAGUUUUUUAAGGAACCUCCAUACUGUUUUCCAUAGUGACUACACCGCCUCACAUUCCCACCAACUAUAUAGAAGGGUUCCCUUUUCUUCACAUUCUCCAGCAUCUAUUAUUUGUAGGCUUGUUUUUUGGCCACACCAAUGGCUUGCAGGCUCUUAGUUCCCCUAUCAGGGAUCCAGCUUGGGCUCCAGCAGUGAAAACGCCAAGUCUUAACCUCUCAUUUGCCAGGGAAUUCCCUAUUUGUAGGGUUUGUGUGUGUGUGUGUGAUGACUGGUGUGAGGUGAUACUUCAUUGUAGUUUUUAUUUUCAUUUUUCUAAUAAUUAGAAGUGUUGAGCAUCUUGUGUCUGUUGGCCAUCUGUAUGUCUUCAGUAGUAGAGCUAUUUUUAAACCUUAUCCAUAGCAGUAUUCAAAACAAUAAAAAUGAUCAGUGUU